CUGUCGAAUUGGGACAUCAGUUGAGUUUCGUUUAGGUUGCGGACAGCAUCAGUAGCAUCACUAGCUUUACUAGUAUCCCCCCCCAGCACUACCAUGAAGUUGUACGUUUGCGUUUCACUGGCCCUUUUGGCCAUUUCGUGCCCAGUUCCCUCCGAUGCCCUGUUGGGCGCCAAAUUGGCUCUGCUGAAGGCCAUUGGCGGUGGUCUGGGUGGCGGUAGCUCCACCGGUGGUGGCUACUCCACUGGCAGUGGUGGCUAUGGAGGCGGCUAUGGCAGCGGUGGAUAUUCCGGUGGCUACAACCAGGGAUACUAUAGCCAGCCCAGCCGACCAGUCUACAGUUCGGGAUACGGAAGCUCCUCAUCAUCAUCCGCCAGCAGCAGCAGCUAUGGAGGCGGUUAUGGUGGUGGUUAUGGCGGCGGUUAUGGAGGUGGCGAGCAGGUCAUUAAGGUCAUUAAGGUGGUGGAGCAGCCCUCUUACGAUUAUGGACGCUCUUCCAGCUAUGGAGGCAACUAUGGAGGUUACUCAUCGAGUGCUUCCUCAAGUGCUUCUUCCAGUGCCAGCUCCAGCUCCUACUCCGCUCCAGCUCCCGCUGUGACCUACUCCGCCCCGGCUCCUGCUCCCGCUGUAACCUACUCCGCCCCUGCGCCAGCUGUGACUUACUCUGCCCCAGCUCCCGCUGUUACCUACUCUGCUCCUGCUCCAGCUGUGACCUAUUCCGCCCCGGCUCCUGCUCCCGUUGUGCGUGUUCAGGCUGCUCCUGCUGUUACCUACUCUGCUCCAGCUCCCGCUGUGACCUAUUCCGCCCCAGCUGCUGCUCCCGUGACCUACUCCGCCCCAGCUCCCGCUCCAGUGGUUCGCGUCCAGGCUGCUCCUGCUGUGACCUAUUCCGCCCCAGCUCCUGCUCCCGUGACCUACUCCGCUCCAGCUCCCGCUGUGACCUACUCCGCACCGGCACCAGCUGUUACCUACACUGCUCCCGCCCCCGCCCCAGUGGUUCGCUAUGCUGCCCCAGCACCGGCGCCCAUUAGCUUCGCUCCUGCACCCGCACCCGCUCCCGUUGCCUACGCUCCUCAGCCACAGAGCCAACAGGUGGUGAAGACCAUCAAGCUGAUUGUGGACGAGGAUCGUGCUCCAGCCCCGGUUUAUGGACCACCGGCUGUGGACUCCAGUUACUCUAGCGCCUCCUCUUCUGCCUCCGCCUCCGCUGGUGGCUACAACAGUGGUUACAACGGUGGAUUCAACGGUGGUUACAACAGUGGCUACACUGGUGGUUCCAAUGGUGGAUUCGGUGGUGGAUUCAAUGGCGGCUGGAAGCGUGGCGGUAUCUUCGAGAAGCUCGUUGGCUGCUAAACCAUGGAGAUCCAGCAAAAACCAUCCUAACCUAAUCGUACUCAACUAUUUUUUUUCUAGUUCUAAAACGAAUACUUCUAUUUUUUUGUUCGAUCGAUGUGUACAUAAAAUAAAUCAUUAUAACAGAUAUAAAACCCUGA